GCAGUCCAAAAGAUGUCGCCAACGAGAUCCGCCAGCCAUGGAAGCAGGUCAUGAGCCGAAAAGGAGGCUGCAGUGUGGAGUGAAAGGCGCCCCGCGGUCGAGUCGCAGCCCGAAUCCCGCCGCUGCCGUCUGGACGCUCCGCCACGCGCUGCGCACCCCGAAGUCGCCGCACCGACCCCGAAGUCCCGGCGCUCUGCCGCUGCCGUGGCGAUCGGCGCGACCGCAGAGUGGCGAUGGCGCGCGGACGCCGCGGCUCGGCGGCGAGGUCAGCGAGAUCAGCGGAGAGGUGCCCAGCUUCGAGAUCGUGAGUGGAUCUGCAGCACCCCUGAGAGACCGCGCCGUCCAGGGACAUGAGGACAUCUCCCAGAUGCUCGCGUGGAUGCAGCCCAUGAAGUGCGGGAACUACGUGCACGGUUUGUCCAGCUUGGCCUUUGAGAUCGAAGAAAAGACGCAGAAGUGGCACGGCUAUUUGGGUGGUCGUUGUAGCAGGAAGGAAUCCUUGGAUGCCAUCCGAGGAGAAGCUGUCCCGCCCAAGGACUUUUCACACUCGGCGGAAGCCGCUUCUUUGCUCGUGCGGCUCUGCCGUGCUCUGCCGCAGGGCUUCCUGUUGCGGACGAUGCUGGAGCCCUUGGUGCAGGAGCUCAUGGAGUCCAUCUUCUGUGACUGGCCACGAACCUUGCCUUCGCUGCAGGACUUGAGGGCCUCGGAAGUGGAGACGGAUCGCUUUGGCCAGCUGACCAGCUACGCGCAAAUGGUCACAGGUCUUCGAGCCAGCGCCGAGGCCGCCCGGCAAGCGCAGCUGCGGAGCGAGGCGCAAGAGCAGAAAGCGAUGCAGACCGCCAAGAAGAAGAGCAGAGCCUAUGAGGAGCUGCGUGUGCAGGCCAAGCGCUUGGAGGAGGAGCGGGAGCAGUGUCGCGCGGCCAUGGAAGCGGCGGAGAAGAAGUUGGCCGAGACCGAGGAGUUCUUGCGCACCUUCAAGCAGCAAACCAAGAUUGCCUUGAACGACUAUGGAGACAUUCAGUACCGGGAAGCCACCUUGAAGUCGGAUUUCAACAGCCUUCAGGUGCAAUGCAAAGAGAAGGACCACUUGAUCGGCGACCUCCGGGACCAAACGGUCGCCCUGACCCAUGAGACCCAUGUGCUUGAAGAGAAGCUGAUCAAGGUGGAGCGAGAGAUGGAGCGCCGAACCGCGGACGCCGCGCGGCUGCCGGAGCUCUAUGAGAAGCUCGAGUACUUUGAGGCUGAAGAGGCAGUGCAUGGGGUGGCCUUUGCGCGGCGUGUCGCACAGGAGGUCUUGGGAAAGUCACUCGAAGACCUUGCAGGCCGCUUGCCUGAGAGAAUGGCCAUGGAGAAGAAAACCAAGGUGACCUUAGAGGCAGUGCUCCAGACUCUGCUGACCGCCAUGCGAGAUCGGGAGAAGUCCAAGGAACAGGUGCUGAAGACGCAUUCGCUACUGGAGGAAGUGAAGCAACUGGUGCCCAUUUGGAACGAAAGCUCGAUGCAGGACUUGCUGGAUGCCUAUGACGAAGAUUCCGCGGUUCAUCGUCAGGUCUACAGCAUGAACGACAAGCGCAGCUUCGCAGGGUUGGGACUUGAUACCAGCGUUCCGCCCUAUCUUCGAGCAGAGGGCUUCGUCAAGCAUCGCUACAUGUCGAAGAAGGAGUGCGAAGACAUCAUGGAGAGCUUCUUCUUUGAGGCACCGUCGGAUAUGCACUUCUUCACGCUUCACCAGGAGUUACAUCAAUCACUUCAGAGGCGCUUCAAGGAUCCCGAGGAGUUCACGGAGUUCGCCUAUGCCUUUAUCUGUAGCUUGGAGGCCUACAGAGACGAUCCAGACUUCGAGCUGUUCGAUUUGAUGUUGGCCGGAGCAGUGCAUCCUUCCAUCAUGCAGGAUCAAAAGAAUCUGCUACGCGAGCUCCAGGGUUUAGUGCACAACUGCGCGGAUGGUAUCGAGGGCACCGCCGUGCGGGGCAAGUCGGGCAAGCCGACGACCCGCGAUCAGGUCAACCGCCAGGUCAUGAGGGCAGUGAUGCAGGCCACGUUUCCAGUGAAGUCAGUGGAUCGAAUGAACUCCCUGAUGCGAGCACUCCACAAGACCUUGGAGCUGCUGUUCGAGGCGGGUCGUGCCUCCUCGCCGGACGCCGCCUUCGUGAGCGACCUCUUCUCCGCCACUGCAGAUGGCACACAAACCCCUUUCAUCGAGGAAAUGCGGCGGCAACAUCUCUAUGAGGUGCUCGAGUUCACGGCGGAGAUCUCCACGGACCUCAUUCGGUCUGCGGGUGGCGAGAGCUUCGUGAACUUGCACGGUCGCUUGGACCCUUUCACUUUGGUGACCCAGGAGGAGACGAUGAAUGUGUUGAUGGGAUAUUUCCCGGAGGUGAAGUGCGCUGCCAUGGUCCAUGUGGCCUGGAAGCUGGGCGAUGAGUCCUCGCAGCGGGUGGCCGAGGUGCUCCAGAAGUUCCGCCACCACUUCCUGCUGAAGCACGAGAACGCCUGGGUGGUGGUGAGUCCAAAAGCAGUGGUCGAACGUGUGGUGGAGCUAGGCCCAGGCAAGCUCAACAGAGAUGGCACCGAUGAGAAGGUGGCUCCACAGCGAAAUCGGGCCUUGAAGGUCUUGGACAAUCCUUACGACCGGGACGAAAGGUAUACUCCACAGCAACUGCUGAAAGAGACGAGCCGUGUGCCCAGGAAGUUUACUGAAGAGGAGGAAGUGGCAGAGAUACCAAAGGCCGACUGGGACAUGCCAAUGACAAAAAAUCGUUCUUACGUUCGGACCUUCGUUCGUUCUCCGUGUGUCAAACCCUUCUCCUAAGGGUCCAACGUUUUGCAAUUUCACACUUUCGUUUUGCGAACAAAUUCGAGACUUAACCAUUCUAAACAAGCGGGCCAGCGCAUGGCAUCACGACGGACAUCACGGGCUCAGUGAUGCCGAC